AUGGUCGAUCGGGAAGAGAUCCCCCGCGAUGGCAUUACGUGCGUCUUUACCCAUCCUGACGCGCAGGCGGACAUUGUCUUCCUUCAUGGUCUCAACGGCAACCCCACAAGGACGUGGACUGCCAAGGACUCGGCCGUUUACUGGCCUAUCGACUUGCUGCCCAACACGCUCGGCCCAGACGCUCCAGUCGAUGUCCUCGUGUACGGGUACAACGCCGACACUGCCAGCACCAGCGAGCGCAGCGCCAGUGACAAUUACAUUUACGAGCCGGCCCUACCGUCCUUUGGAUUUUAUUUCCUACCGCGGCACGAGGGGAACCGCAACGAGACCCAUCAUUUGGGUUGCUCAAAGCCUCGGCGGCAUUCUCUUGAAGCGUGCCCUGAACUAUUCCAACGACCUCGAAGACAGACACCAUGA